AUGCCUCUCGACGACCGCCAUGCCUCUCGACGACCGCCAUGCCUCUCGACGACCACCAAAUCAACGGUAUGCGGCUCGCCGACCGGGGCAGCGUCUGACCCACCGUCCUUCUUUGGGCACGGCCAAGCGCGUGCCAACGAAGACGUCGUCCGCAUCUCCUUCACGUCUGUCAAAGGCAACCUCAUCACCGCUCUUGGCUUUGUCCACGCCUACGUCCAAUUGCACUUGUGA